AACUCUUGAUCUCUCUCCAGUUCAACAGAAGUUGGAGACACCAUGGAGAGACAUGAAGUGGACUGAAGAGCAGAAGACAAGUCUGAUGGAGACCAUCAGCUCCUACAGACCGAGGUGUGGGGAGGGGACUCAGGCUCGGGUGCUGCUCCUGGGACCUCUCGGUUCAGGAAAGUCCAGCUUUGUCAGUUCGGUUCAGUCUGCGUUUAAUGGAAGAGUAACGAACCGGGCCAUGGUGGGCUCCUCCUCUUCCAGCUUCACCAAGAAGCUGAAGUUGUUCAACAUCCGUGAUCAGAAGGGAGAGGAUCCUACUGGACUGGUUCUGUGUGAUGCUAUGGGCCUAGGAGAUGGAGAGAUGACGGGCCUGACGCUCCAUGACGUCCUGUCCAUCAUCAAAGGUCAUGUACCCGAGGGACACAAGUUCAGCCCAGACCAGCCGGUGAGGUCUGAGACUGUGGGCUAUGUGAAACGGCCCAGCAUCAAAGAUAAGAUCCAUUGUGUUGUUUUUGUGGUGGACGCCUCUAAAGUCCUGACCUACCCCAAAGGCCUCAGCACCACCUUCCAGCAGCUCCGAGAGCACAUCAGUGACCUGGGUGUUCACCAGGUGGCUCUACUCACCCACGUAGACUAUAUUUGUACAGAAACGGCCAAAGAUGUCACCAAGGUUUACGAAAGCAGAGUCAUCAAGGACAUGAUGGCUAAAGCUGGAGCUCUGUUGGGUAUGUCCACCUCCUACAUCGUCCCAGUGAAGAACUACUCAUCAGAGUUGGAUGUGGAUGCUAACACUGAUGUGCUUCUGCUAAGUGCUGUGGACCACAUCCUGCAGUAUGCUGAUCUGUAUUUCCAGGACAAUACACCACAGAACAUCCAGCCAAAGUUCGACUUACAACCAGGGUUCAGUCUCAUCCACUAAUGAGUUGGUGCAGCAACUUUAAUUUAAAGGACCUUUAUGUUGGAUUGAAACCUUAAUGACAUCACUGGUCCUGGUGUUGAUAUCUAAUUUACACUUUGUUUUUACCUUGUGUGUUAUGUCUACUGUUUUGGCAAAAAGCUUGCAGCAUUAACCAAUUCACUUAUACUU